AGAGGCUCCUGGAGGCACCUUGUUGGCUGCCGACUUGGGUUUUGAGCAGGAAGCCAGUGCGGCAGAAUAUCUGGUGACCAAGAGGGGAGCCCGGGAGCCUCAAAGGCCCUCUGCUCAGUGACCAGUGCACUGGCCCUGAGAACCAGGAAGGGCUUGCCACAAGUCUCCAGGCACCAUCUUCCUGAGGCCAGGUACUGCUGUUCCCCACACCAGAAGACAAGUGAGCUCCUCCCUGGGGUUCCAGCCCAGUGCCAAGCAUGCAGCCCAACCUGUGGGGCCUGCAGAGUCUCAGCACCCACUGGGCCCCACCAAGGCUGUGGCAGCCUGGGCCUUGAUCAGGGCAGAGCAUGCAGCCCAUUUUUCCCAGAGAGGAAGGACUGAGUCAAGACAAUGAGCAACCUGCCCACUGAGUGGGAGGCAGACCUUCACAGGGACCCAGGUGUAUUGCUCUUGGCUGGGGUUCUUACCACAGGUGGAUUCCCGCCCUUGUGUUGGGGCCCUGCAGGCCAGGAGGCCAGGGCAGGGCUCCCAGCACCAAGAGCACAGGAAGCCCCCUAGACCCAGCAGGGUGAAAGUUCCUCUGAGGUGAGGUGAGAUGCAGUUGAAUGCCCCAGACACAUCAGAGCUGCUACAGCACUGUAACCAGACAUCAGGCAUGGGUGAUUGGAUGUUUGUGGAGUGACUGUAUGAAUGUAAGCAGAAGCCAGAGCAGGGCCUGGGCCACUUCCAGAAGGUGCCUUAGGGUUGCAGAGAGGGCUUGUGGCCAUCUCCUGAGUGUGAUAAGGCUUUGGCCCAGCCACUCUCCUGAGUGGCACAUGUCCAGUUUCACCAUUAGGAAUGAAAAAAUUGGUGUUCUUCUAUCUGUCCAUUGACCCAGUGGGCACCCUCCACAGCUGCUGCUCUGGGUUAGGGAAUAUAGCAGUUAGGGAGGCAACCUGCUUGGUGGGCAUGUCCCCGUCAUCAUCUUCCACAGUAUUUAUCUGCACCCUACCUCCGGCCUAGGACUUCCUGUCUUUGUUAUUGUCUAAGCCCUCCGAUAGGGAGGGCUGUUUGUCUGACUUGUUCACAGUGCACCCACAUUCCUAGAAUAGUACCUAGCUCUUGGGAGGGGCUUAAUAAAUAUUCUCCAGCUAGUAAAACAGACAGACCCUAGUGGGAGAAACAAAACACAAGCAAACCAGAAGGCAUCAGCAGAGACACCUGCUACAGACAGGACAUGGUUGAGUGGUCUGUUAAAGCAAAGCCAUCAAGGCCUGGCCAGAGUCAGUGGCCCGAGGGCUGUGUCAAGAUCUGGGUGUGUAACCCUGACAAGGGGUGGGGCAGGCAGUCUCAGGUGGAGUGGGUUCCGUGGACAGCAUAGCUGUUUUCUACCUAUUCCCCCCACACCAAAAAAAUGAGCUCUGGCGUGAGCCCAACCCACAGCAAGACAACCUGCCAGUCCUGCCCUGUAUGUUUCAGUUUGUAUCAAAAAAUGGAUGAGCCAGAGACAGAUUUCAACCUGAAGGUUGUCCUGGUCAGCUUUAAGCAAUGUCUCAACGAGAAGGAAGAGGUCCUGCUGGACCACUACAUCACCAGCUGGAAGGGCUUGGUCAGGUUUCUGAACAGCUUGGGCACCAUCUUCUCAUUCAUCUCCAAGGAUGUGGUCUCCAAGCUGCAGAUCAUAGAGCGCCUGCGGGGUGGUCCCCAGCACGAGCACUACCAGAGCCUGCAGUCCAUGGUGGCGUAUGAGCUGGGCCACCAGCUGGUGGACCUGGAGCGCCGCUCCCGCCACCCCGACUCGGGCUGCCGGACGGUGCUGCGCCUGCACCGUGCCCUGCGGUGGCUACAGCUCUUCCUGGAAGGCCUGCGCACCAGCCCUGAGGAUGCGCGUACCUCCACGCUCUGCACCGACUCCUACAAUGCCUCUUUGGCUGCCUACCACCCUUGGAUCGUGCGCCGGGCUGUCACUGUAGCCUUCUGCACCCUGCCCACACGCAAGGCCUUCCUUGAGGCCAUGAAUGUGGGGACCACUGAGGAGGCUGUGGAGAUGCUGGGCGAGGCCCUGCCCUUCAUUGAGCGUGUCUACACUGUCUCUCAGAAGCUCUACACUGAGCAUUCCCUGUUGGACCUGCCCUAGCGGCAUUGGGCCUAGGCCAGGUGGAUAUCCCCUGCUGCAGAGUGGGGCUCAGACAGCCAGGACCCGUUGAUCCUAUGACAGUGCUUUCUGGGUGCCCUGAGAACAGGAGAUCCACUGUCACCCUGCAAGCUGAGCAUGUUGGAGUCACCGGCUACAACAGUGGAGGCUGUGGCCAGGCCAGGAAGAAGCCUGUGCCCAGCCUUGCUUCCAGCUGCAUGUGUUUGUUCAGUCACCCUAACUGAGGGGCAGGGAGUAAAGAAGGUGGGGGUAGGGUCAGUGUGUGCAAAGCAUGACAGGCCUCACCCAGCUUGAGUGGAAUCUAGGAGUGAGGUGAGGUCACAGAUCCCUAGGGUGGAGCAGCUCUCUCCUCCCCGCCAGCCAGCACAAGUCCUUCCUGUGCACAUCUCAGGCCCAGGAUGCCAGUGUCUGUGCCCAGGGGGCCACCUGUCCCUAGGUCAGGGAUCUGGGCAGCCAAGCUAUUUCCCUAACCCCUUACUGCCUGGUUGUCACAAAGCAUACUGGGCAGGCCAGCACCAGUGGGACCUGAACCACUGAACCAAACUUCCCUAAACAUCCCAGGACACAGCCCUUGCAGAGCUCCUAGAUACAAUAGGUGCCUCUUGUAGGGAGCUGUGACUCUGCCCCAGUGCCCAGGGGAAACUGUUCCUUCACCACUGCCCCUUGUUACCUUCCCGCAGCGCUCUAGACACUCAGGGGUUAUAGAAAAGGAGGGGGCUGGACCCCAUUGUCUAGGUAACAACUAUCAGACUCCUGCCCCAGCCUAGUCAUCAUCCCACACGUGGGGCCUAGUGGACCCCAGGCCCUCAGGGUGCAGUGGGGACAUCAGAUGCACAAGUUUUGGGGGUUAUUGGUCCCUUGGAAAGUGUAAUGUGUUUUCCAACAGGAAUAAAUUGCACUGAUGGUGUUCCA